AUGCUUGAUACUCACGAGGCUAAACGCCUGCACAUCUUGAUUGCCGGGGCUGGGAUUGGAGGCCUAUCAGCCGCAAUUGCUCUUAGGCAGGCCGGCCAUGUUGUGGAUGUAUUUGAAUCCUCUCGAUUUGCUGUCGAGCUCGGUGCUGCAAUUCAUCUACCUCCCAACGUGAACGGGCUUUUGCGUCGAUUGGGUAUUCAGCCGGACGACUUCCGGUGCAAUGAUGCGGAGUUUGUUUCUGUUUUUGAUUCGCAGGGCAACGUCGUAAGCUCAAAAGAUGUUCGCAACCUUCGCGAGAUUUAUCCAUUUCCCUGGCAACUGAGCCACCGAAUCGAUCUUCAUGAAGCGUUGAAAGCAAAGGCUACCUCUCUCCACGGCCCUGGUGUUCCGGUCACCAUCCACCUACGAUGCAAAGUCGUCGGCUGUGAUCCCGCUCAUGCUUCGCUGACUUUGUCUGAUGGAACCGUGGUGCAAGGAGAUCUUCUUAUUGGCGCCGAUGGUGUUCAUUCCGUUCUUCGUAAAGUCAUCGCCCAGGAAGACAUUGCGGCCGAGCCAUCUGGUGGAAGUGCCUUCCGAUUCCUUAUUCCAAUUUCGAAGGUCAAAGAAAACCCAGAAACGGCAGCUCUUGUUCAAAAAGCAGGAGAACUUCAAUUUUGGGAUGGUCAAUAUCGCCGUCUCGUCAUUUACCCUUGUCGGAAUAACACGGAGCUCAACUUUGUCUGUUUGCACCCGGAUACCGAGAGCGAGGGCACAACUGAAGGAUGGAACAUUGCUGGAUCCCAAGAGAAUCUGCUGAGAGUAUUUGAUGAAUUCUCUCCAGCCAUGAAAGCUCUCCUUGAGAUGGCUGAUCCCGAAUCUAUCAAGCUCUGGAGACUUUUGGACCGCAAGGCUCUUGGCACUUGGAUCAAUGGCAAGAGCUGUCUCAUUGGAGAUGCAGCCCAUCCAUUCCUUCCUCAUCAAGGUCAGGGUGGUGCCCAAGCGAUCGAAGAUGGAGUUGCACUUGGAGCCUUGUUUCCCCUAGGUACAUCUCGAGACGAGAUUGCGGACCGACUGGAACUGUACAUGAAGUGUCGAUAUGAGAGAGCCACGAUGGUCCAGAAUUUCUCACGUCAAGCAGCAUUCAAGAUAAGCGCCAAGGACGCCGUUGGGGGCACAUCAACCGACCCCCUCGAGUUUAUGCGUAUCAACUUCGGACACGACGCCCACGACUUUGCAACCAACAUGCUCCGCAAACACUUAGCGAGCCGGAUAACCAACCCAGAUGCCUUGUGUUCUGUCUUCGGACCCUCAAACCCGUUGAUUUUGGGAGCUCCUGAUUCUCAAGCAAUCCUCGGAUCGCCCUCUCAGAGGCUCCUAGAGAUUGAAUUCCGGGCUCGUCGAAACUAUCUGGAAACUUUCCUCCCUCGAAUGGAUUCACGCAUUGCCUCGCCUGGUGGUUGGAGUAAGGCAUCUUGGGCUGUGAGACGCAUUCAACCCGCGGAGUGGAAGGGCCACGGUGAAAUCACUGUCGUGGGGCUUUGCAUUUUCAAUUCAAUUCUGUCGCCCGAUCAGACAGAGCCCAAGGAAUUCAACCCGGUCAUAUUCUGUGAUAACGCCGAGUUUGUGAUCGCCGCGCGCGAGGAGCUGAACCUUCCUAUCCUUCUUGUCGAUCUGAAGGAGAGGUUCAUUGGUGCUCAAUAUCAGAUGAAGCUUGAGCGAUCGGGUCACACUUUCAUGGAAAUUCAUGCAGAUCUUGCAGCUAACCAUCAAAAUGGUGAAUCUGGUACGGACCUCGGUGGAAAAUCUUGGGUUUCCUUGACUCUUUUGAAGCCGGACGUUGUUGAAGCACUGCUUCCUGGACUGGCCAAUGUGAUUGGACGGCUUCAAGGCCUUGAUAUGAAAGAUCCAGUGAUCGCUCGGUCAAAACUUACAGUUUGA